ACACACACACACACACACACACACACACACACACACAUGAACUAUCAGGUGACGCAUUGUCUGUGACUCCAUGACAGUAACCAUGAAGAAGAGAUGUAUAAAGCAGAUAAGAUGACUUUUGCCAAUUCUACAACACUGGCACAGAAGUGGUCUCAAACAGACAGAAGCAGCUUUUGUCCUCUGAAAUGGGAGAAUUUCUACGGUGACAUAAUGAUGAAUGUCUUCAUUUCUACAAGAUGGUUUUUGUCGUCAGAGGAGACACACAGUAAAGAAUCUGUUGUUCCUUUCCCAGUGUGGGGAUUAACUAUUAAUUAAGCCCCACACAUGUCUGAGGAGCAGUGUUAUCAAUUUUUCUUGACUAUUUCAACUAAUUCAACUGAGCUCAGAACAGCCAUCAGUAGCACAUAAUUCUGUGAGGUUUUGUCCUUCAAGUAGCCUGGCUAUCACAAGACCGCUUAUUUAAUCAGCCAACAAUUUACCAGUAGGUUUGUCUGGGUCAAUCUAGGCUGCCUUGCAAGUGUGUACGUAAACUGAGAUGGCAUUGAGUGUCUUGAGGAACUACACCUGUAGACAAAUUCUGCAGCAAGAAUCUUGUUCAUUCAAACCUGUGCAAAUAGACAGUAGACGUUAAGAUUAUACGACAACAUUGAAUUUUAUGCUGAAUGUAUGUUGUAAUUACCCUGUAAUUAUUGAAAGCAAGUGUUGUUAUUAUACAGUAUUCAUAUCUAAAAUCUAAUGUCUGUGAAAUCUUUCAAAUAAUGCUUUGGCUUCUUGUUCCAAGCUGCUGUAUUGAAUGUAUACACUGUUGAGCUUUGUAAGGGCAUGGUCUUAACUUAUUGAUCACAUUAAGUUGAACUUAGUUUGUUUUGAAAAAUGUACAACAGGAAUCCUCCAUUUUCUUUUUCUUCUUCAGUUAAGAAUUCAUAGGAAGCAGACAUUUCCUCCUCUGUUGGUUUUGGUUCCCUCCGUUUGAUCUUUUAGUUAAAUAGCAGAUUAGAUUUAAACACUUUUAUAUCAUAAUGGCAUCUUCACCAAUUCUUGAUAUGGUUUUGUUUCUUUACUACAGCCCAAGACUAGACUGUGAAAUAGAAGUUGGAAGGAAGUUGUUCUCAUGGAUAGAAGUUGUUCUGUUCUUGUAAAAGUGUAUAUAGAUGUGCCUAUAAAUUAUUGACCAUGUACCAGGAGUAUUACAGUACCAGUAUGGUAAAGCCUACCAGGCUUCCGCUAAUGUGCACAUUCUGGCAUGUGGUAGAAUUUUGAAACAUUUAUGAUUUUACUAAUGUAUCAUGAUUGUUAUAAUUUGAUUACAUCCUCCACACUUUACAGCUUAAUGACCAUGUGUCCUUCGAAUGGGGUUAAUGUGUGUGACCAUGUGUCCUUCUUCAGGCUGUUUGAUAUUGCCAAAUCAUGCUGUGUAAAUCUAAAUGGCUCUUCAUGCGCUUUGCUCCGUUUGCAGUGACACUUUUGGGUAGUAGCAGCACAGCGCUGGUGACAAUGUUCCGAAUAGAGAACACUGUGCAGAAGCAGUAGGGGCGGGUGGAUCUAUAAUCCUGAAUGAAAUUACAAGAAAGAUACAGUACAGUACAAAACUCCAGAUAGGCCUUGCAACCAUGUCAUUUUAGGUGCUUGUGAUAAUAAGACUGUGUUGCUGGGCUUUGUAAGAGCUUGAUAAGGGCUGUUUGUCUUGAGGGAACUUCUAGGCGUUUUCUUUGGCCUGUGUUGAAAAAGUGUGGUCUUACAAUGCCGUCAGUCUGUCAUUAACUUGUAGAUGCGUUUUAACAGCGACGCCGUUUGUUGUCAUUACCUGUGUGGGUAAUAAAAAGACUUACAUUUUAACCUGCGUGUGUGGAAUGUUGAAUACGCUGCUUUGGAGUUUGAUCCUUGGUUCCCCGGGUCCAGUGCAAGCGCUGUAGUUUCCAGAGAGAUGUCAGUUUGCUGCAGGCCCAGCCACACCAUGUGAGCUCUUCUCAGUCUCAAGGGAAGGAGACACAGGGAUCUGAGCUGACUGUGACUUCAACAGAGCUUUGAUCGGCAUUAGGACUGGCCAGCAUGGAGUCCACCCAAAGCCCCAGCAGCACCACUCCUGUGGUGGACACCAGUCCUACAUCACUGGCCACAGAGGACAUAGUGGUGCUCGUUCUUUACUUCGUGCUGGUGCUUGCUGUGGGGCUGUGGUCCAUGUGGAAGACUAAACGAGGCACUGUGGAUGGAUAUUUCCUCGCUGGCAAAAGCAUGACUUGGUGGCCAGUAGGCGCCUCUCUGUUUGCCAGUAACGUGGGCAGCGGCCACUUCAUUGGUCUGGCAGGCUCAGGGGCCGCUGCUGGCAUCGGUGCGGUGGCCUACGAGUGGAAUGGGUUGCUGAUGGUGCUACUCCUAGGUUGGCUCUACCUGCCCAUCUAUCUGGCUUCUGGGGUCACCACCAUGCCUGAAUACCUCCAGAGGAGAUUUGGGGGGAAGAGAAUACAGUUAUUUAUUGCUGUUUUGUACUUAUUCAUUUAUAUCUUCACAAAAAUAUCGGUGGACAUGUAUGCGGGCGCCGUGUUCAUCCAGCUGGCCCUCCAGUGGAACAUCUACCUGGCGGUGGUGGUGCUCCUCAGCAUCACAGCGCUCUACACAGUGGCAGGUGGCCUGGCAGCAGUGAUCUACACAGACGCUGUGCAGACUCUUAUCAUGCUGGUGGGAGCCUUGACACUAAUGGUCUUCAGUUUUGGGGAGGUGGGGGGUUGGCAGGCCCUCCUGGAUGGCUACCACUCUGCCAUCCCCUCCAUCAGGGCGCCCAACACCACCUGUGGAAUCCCGCGGGAGGACGCCUUCCACCUGUUCCGCCACCCCGUCACCUCUGACCUCCCGUGGCCGGGGGUCAUCGUGGGCAUGACCGUCCCGUCCAUGUGGUACUGGUGCACUGACCAGGUGAUAGUCCAGCGCUCCCUGGCGGCUAAGAACCUGCUCCACGCCAAAGGCGGCUCCCUGCUGGCGGCGUACCUGAAGGUCCUGCCCUUCUUCAUGAUGGUGCUGCCAGGCAUGAUCAGCAGAAUACUCUUCCCAGAUGAAGUAGGGUGUGCAGAUCCAGACGUGUGUAAGGCGGUGUGUGGGAACUCAGUGGGCUGCUCAGAUAUUGCUUAUCCCAAGCUUGUGAUGGAGCUGCUUCCCAGUGGUCUACGAGGCCUGAUGAUGGCGGUCAUGCUCGCCGCUCUCAUGUCCUCCCUGACCUCCAUCUUCAACAGCUCCAGCACCAUCUUCACCAUGGACCUGUGGCGGCACAUCCGCAAGCGGGCGUCCGAGUGGGAGCUGAUGAUCGUGGGCAGAGUGUUUGUGCUGGUGCUGGUGGUGGUGUCUGUGCUGUGGAUCCCGCUGGUCCAGGCCAGUCAGGGCGGUCAGCUCUUCAUCUACAUCCAGGCCAUCAGCACGUUCCUGCAGCCCCCCGUCUCCGUCGUCUUCAUCGCCGGCUGCUUCUGGAAGAGGACCAAUGAGAAGGGUGCAUUCUGGGGCCUGCUGGUGGGCUUGCUCAUUGGCAGUGUGCGGAUGAUUCUGGACUUUGUCUACCCGGCGCCCCUGUGCUUUGAGGAGGACACCCGUCCGGCGGUGGUCAAAUACGUCCACUAUCUGUACUUCUCCAUGAUGCUGUCGGUCAUCACCCUGAUCAUCGUGGUGUGCGUGAGUCUGGCCACUGAGGAGCCCACACCGGAACAGAUCAGCCGUCUGACGUGGUUCAGCAGGUUCGAUGAGGUGAAGAAGGCUGAGGAGCCGGUGUACAUGGACACAGAGGAGACGAAGGACAGCUCAGAGAAAUAUGGGAAUGGGCCCAGUGGGAACGGAGCAGCGCAUGAGGACACACGAGCCUCUGUGUCCACUCAGGCCAGUGCGUCUGGCGGCUCUCGGCUGAAGAGGACCUGCCUUUGGCUCUGCGGUCUGGACAAACCUCCCGAGGGGAAAGGCACGCCAGCGCCGCCGCCACCCGACGCCGCCGCCAUCAACUCGCUGGAGGAGGACCCCUGCAUGAGGGGGGUGGUGGACGCCAACCUCAUCGUGUGCCUGUCUGUCGCCGUCUUCCUCAUCGCCUACUGGGCCUGACCGGACAGCUUGCUAAAGUUUGACCGUUUGAUAACCACGCCACGGGUCGACUCGACGCCAACAGAAGUGCCGCGUCCGAAGAUGUUUUCUGUAUCUUUUGUGUGUGCAACUGUUAGGAUAUCAAAAGGUUAACUAGCUUAACUAAUUUACAUACUGUAUAUAUAUGGUGGUGAUUCUCCUUGUGAGAAAUGCCCAAUGUGAUUGAGCAAUGAUGAGAGACGUACCAUGAGUGGUGCAGACAGGGGAAAAGUGGCCUGUAGGUGGCGUAGCUCAACAAAUGUGAUGAUCAAAUGACAUAUGUGACCUGAUCUGGCAAAAUGAGCCACAGUGACCCAAAAUUCAAAACUGAGAUAUCAUUGUGGUAUCAAUGUACAGAGGACACAGUGAGCCUUAAAACGAUAUCCUGGUUAGUCAUAUCUUGUGUUGUAAGGAGACAGCGUUUGACUGAGAAAGUCUCGUUUGACGUUACAGGCAGGUUCAGGAAGGAUUUGCCAGUGUUGAAUAAUAAUUUAUGUAACUUUACAUUCAUGCCUCCUCUUUCAUACAACACCAAACACACGUUUUUGAAGUAAUCGGCCUAUAUCUCAAAUUUAGACUGUGCAGCUUCUUUUGUCAGAUCGGGUCACAUAUGUGUGUAUAAAUAUUGACUGAAAGCCUGUGAAAAUGUAAGUAUGAACUUUGUAAUGUGCCAUGUGCUGAUGGCAGGACUGACCCAUGGCAGUUUUAUUUAUUACAUGUCAAUGAUUGUGUAAUCUAUACCACUGUUCAAAUUUGAUUAGCUCGCAGCCUACUGAUUUAACUCCAGUCAAACAACCCAUCAAAUAGCACUCAAGUGUUGCACUUGUAAGCCAAAUAGUCUUUUCCAUAUCCCAAACUUGCUUAAAUGGGAUUCCAAGUGAGAUGAUGGUAAACAAACAGCACAUCUAUCAGGGAGGAGUAGCAUGAUCAAGUUUUUUUUUUAUCAGAAAAUCUUCAAGUGUAAAUACCUCCCAGGUUGCUAAAUUGUUUAACUUAUAAAAUGGCUUAACUUCCUAUAAUAACAGCUUUAAUAACUAACAGUUAAGCAGUGAUUACUUGAAUGACAUUCUUUAAUUGGAUUUCUUCUCAAGCAUUUGUACAGGUUAUAUGUGCAUAGAAUGGAAACAGAUUGAAAAAAAAACAAAACACAGCUUUGGUCACUACAAUUGCAAUCAUAGCAAAACGAUCACAACAAUGACGAUCGAAUGACACCAGUGCACUGAGAGGUAUGCUAGGACUGAAUAUCUGAGAAUCUCUUUGGCAUUAAACAUCAUGUGCAUUUUCCA